AUGGCGAGCAAGAGGGAUAUGCGCCGGCCGGACCUCAUCAUCCCAUAUGUGGAGCCGAAGCCGAAGGAGACCCCCGAGUUCUCGUCGACCAUUUCCAGCACCCUUCCCAUGGCCGUCAUGCUCACUCGUAACCGAUUCAUUGGAUGGGCAUCGGUCGUCUACAGCAUCCAGACAUGGCUGGGCGAGAGCGAGGAACAGAAGAAGACGGGCAGCACACCCGGAAUCUUCAAUGUCUCCAUGUCUUUCCUCGCGCUUUUAGUCACCUACAUCCCUCUGUUUUUCCCAGGCAAGCCCAACCUCGGCGCCACAGGCACUGGUCCCGCCGCCGCUGUUCCUCCUUCGUAA